UUGGGCAGUGAAAAUCAUUUCCUUACAUGAUUUUUUAAAUUGUAUCUUUUCCCCUACCGGCCUUCAUAAAAAAUAUUAACUGCAAUUUAUAUUAAUUUUUGUAAUUAAAAAGUAUUGUCAAACUUACUCAUUAUUCGCAUGAUGUAUGGAUAGUUAUGUUUCUAUCACGUUUCAAUUUACUGGCCCUCUUGUUUUCGUUUACUAGUCUUUUCUGUUUUAAUUAUAUUAUGCUUGGUCUAUUUCGAAUAAUAUUCAUGAAAGUAUUUACCUAAAGCUGGUUUACAAAACAAGAGUUUACAAUUUUUUCUGGCACGUGAUUGACUUACAGGGCUCUGUCUUUUCUUCAAUAUUAUUGAAUCUUUUCUUUCUUCGUGUAUAUAAAUCACUGUUUAUUUAUUCAGUCCUUUACACCUUUCUAGGCAAAAAUCAUCACUUAAUACUUGUUACCUCAAUCCAUAACCAUGUUCUCUGAACGCACAUACCAAGCUCGCAUUAUCCAAGAGGACUAUCGCUCAGCAGCAACUUCAAAAUACGUACAACCUGAGGAACCAAGCAAAGCGAAGUUGCUCUUUCAAGCUGUGAAGAAGAAAGCAGCGUCGUACUUGGUGAUCUUUCUGGAUACAUCAUCUAUACACGGACUGAACCAUCUUGUUGCGCCUGGGAGACAUCCUUUGGAAGUCUUGCUCUGGCUAGCUCUGGUGAUCCUGUCCGUCUUCGGCUCCGUGUACCUGUCCAGCACUACGUGGGAGCGCUACCAGUCCUCGCCCACCGUGGUCUCCAUGGACCGGGACAUGUUCGCGUGGAACACCACGUUUCCUUGUGUCACCAUCUGCCCGCAUCGGAGGAUUGAUGAGAACAAACUGGAGCUCUAUGUGAGAAACUCCCCAGUCCCAGACAAGACAGCCCUCAAAAAGUUCAUUAUGCAACUAUCCAACUCAACGUACAAGAAUUUCGAGGAACUACCCGAGUAUGACCCAAUACCUACCACCGAAUAUCUACCCACCCUUCUCAACUUGACUGCUCAUUUUGGACCCACAUUGACCAUAGGUGCUUCGGGGAUUCUUCUGAAGGUGCAACCCACUAUUACGGAGAUGGGACUGUGUUAUGCCAUCAAUUCGAAAGUUGCUGAGUAUAAUUCGCCUUCGUAUAGAGAAGCAAAUAGAUGGGACGUGAUAAAACAUCAAAACGAGACGUUUUUCGUUCAUCCUUUGGACGGUGAAGUGUUCGCCCAAGUGAUUAAUUUAUCGACUGCUUAUGAUGUGUACAUCCACGGCCCCCUGGAGGUACCAGACAUAUCCACCAAGUUCCAGCACUCGGCACAGGACUUCUACAUGAAGAUGUAUGUGACCGCUCUUACCGUCUACACCUCGCCUGAAGCUGCUAAGCUAAGUGUAGCCCAGCGUCGCUGCCGCUUCCUUAACGAAAACCCGCUAAAGCAUAACUCUGUCUACACCUACACCAUGUGCCGUAUGGAGUGUCGGAUCCGGCUGUGUAUGAAGUACUGUGGCUGUAUACCUUACUUCUAUAGGAGGAUUGGCGAUGAAAAUAUUUGCGAUGUGGCUGGAAUGCGCUGUCUCUCUAAAUACAAAGAUGAGCUGUAUAAGCUCGAAGUAGACAAGGAUAAGAAGAAAAUCAACUGUGGCUGUUUUCCCAUCUGCGACGAUGUCAACUAUGUUAUACAGUCUUAUGUAUUGCAAGAGUGGUUUCUGGGCACAAAUCUGCAGUGGGGCAUCGUCACCUAUCCCCGGAUGCGGUACAGGAGAGACAUAAUCUUCGGUUUUACUGACGUGCUAGUGGCUGUCGGCAGUAUGGCGGGUCUGUUCCUGGGCUGCAGUGUGCUCAGCUUCAUGGAGAUCGUCUACUUCCUGUCGCUGAGACUCUUCUUUUAUACGAAGGAUGCGCUUACUAAGAAGACUUAAUCGAAUAGGUUACUUACAAAUAUUUUACUUAAACAUUUCUUGUCUGGAUUAAUGUAGGUAUGUGUUUCUCUUUCAUGUUGUAUUCAGUACGAUCUCGAAAUGCGUAAACAUAUCGGUACAAUAGACAUAUUUGGUGUAAUAUAUAGUGUCAUUCUAUAGAACUUGCUAACUAUGUAAACAAAUCUCACUAGUAAAUUUAUAUUUUUUGACAGUUUCAAUAAGGCUGUUUGUUUACAUAGUUAGCAAGUUCCAUAGAAUUACACUUUAGCUAAUGUUCCUUACCUUUGUGUACUCCCUAUUUCCUUAAUGCUAUAUCUAAUACCUUUAACAUGUAACGAAGCAUAACCUUCUCAACCCAACUGCUUACGGGACCAUAACGGCCCUAAUAGUUUCAGGUAAAUUAAAUUCCUAAGGUAAUUUCCAACACAAACAACUUGACCCAUCUUAAACCUUAUCACAACCACAUAAGGUCUACCUAUUGUUAGUUAAACUGUUAUUAACACGUCACUUGCCCCUCGAUAAUUGAGGUCGACAAUUAAACAAUACCUUUGGGUAAUGUGGGUCAUUUUGGGACCGUUAAGAUAUUGUUGAUGGGUUUAUUGGGUAAGGUGAGGAUAGGAUAUCAAAGGGUGUAAUGGGCUUAAAUUAUGAUAAUAUCUUACGAAGGUAAGUUUAACGUUAUGGACACCGAUCGGCUUUCAAUGUGUAAUAACAGCAGUCGACAUAUAUGCAUGUCUAUAUCUAUACUUUGUAAAAAGUAAACAAAAUCUACCCUCAAAUGGUUCCUUAAGCCAGUUAAGGGUAGUUGAAAAUAUUACAUGAUCAAAUUAUGUAGGUUAAAGUCAAUUCGUUUAGUGACUGAUCCAGGCGGUUUUGUAUUUGGUUGGUUAACCAAUAAAUGUUAUAACUAGUAACUACCCGAAAAAUUACAAAUUGUCUGUUUACUUUUUUUUUUUUUUAUUAUUAUGAAUGGGCUUACUCAUGGCCACAGACUAGCCGAGGCGUAGACGU